CAAGGAUAGAAGUUGCGUAUAUGAGGUAUUUCUUACUGAGCCAAGCAGAUCCUUAGUAUGUUUUCAGUACUAAGUAAUGAAAUCAAGUAUGUCAUCUGUUUAGGUAAAGAAGCUCUUAAAGCCUUUAUCAAAAUGUCUGGUUCUAUUGGUAAACUAUAUAAACGUCCUUUCACUGUAUGCAUAGAGGGCAACAUUGGAAGUGGUAAAACAACAUUUUUAAGUCAUUUCAAGAAAUUCGACAAUGUUACUGUAUUAGAAGAACCUGUUGAACUUUGGCGUGAUAUAUGUGGGACAAAUCUACUGGAAUUAAUGUACAGCGAACCAUCUCGCUAUGCUUUCUUGUUUCAAUCUUACGUACAAUUAACUAUGCUCCAAUUGCACACUUGUAAAACACCCUCGCCAUACAAAAUCAUGGAGAGAUCUGUCUACAGUGCAAUGUGCUUCGUUGAAAAUUUAAAACGCAAUAAUAUACUACGUGAUGUUGAAGUUACAAUAUUAGAAAAUUGGUAUGACUGGUGUUUGAAAAAUGCCAAUAUAGAAACUGACUUAAUAGUAUAUUUGAGAACAACACCUGAGAUCGUGUAUGAAAGAAUGAAACAACGAGGUCGAAAAGAAGAGAACGCCAUCUCGUUAGACUAUCUGAAGCAAAUUCAUCAGGUCCAUGAUGACUGGCUCUAUCAUCAAAUUUUAAAGCCAUUGCCAUCGCCGAUUAUAACGAUAAACGGUGAUCGAGAGCUACAUGAAAUGGUGGAAGAAUUUGAUAAAUGUAAAAAUGAAAUCUUCAGCAAGGUAAUAGACGAAAGCGAUGUAAAUAAUACGAUGAUUACGGUAUCGAAAAAUCGCGUACUACCCAAAAUUAAAGCUGUUUCAGAUUAAACGUAAAGUAAAAAUAAUAAUUAAUUUAAAUACGAUUGAAACAAACCUGUCAUGCAUUUAAAUUGAUUAAUUAUUACAACUUCGUACAUUGUACUAUUUUCAUUUUACUG